AUGAAAGUGAUUGAGAAUGGGGGAUUUAUAAGAAGGGAUGAGGGUGUGAACGGCCGGGGUAGUGUCAUCUCCGCCCCUCACGCUCUGUCUUUUUUCUUUCCAGUAUUAUUUCUUCUUCUUCUUGAUUUCCUUUCAUAUUUUCUUUCUCGAAUUCCUCGCAUUUCUCUUUCAAUGGCCCCUGCUUUCGAACAAGUCCCAACAGACACUGAAACCCAAACCGAAGCACCCCAUAACGCGUCUAACACUGUAAACAAUGAUGAUGCUCAAGCAGAUCACAAAUCAAGGGUCGCUGUUGUUGGUAGUGGCAAUUGGGGCAGUGUUGCCGCUAAGCUCAUUGCUUCAAACACCCUCAAGCUCAACUCUUUUCAUGAUGAAGUUAGGAUGUGGGUGUUUGAGGAGACAUUGCAAUGUGGUGAGAAGCUUACAGAUGUCAUUAAUAGAACUAAUGAGAAUGCUAAAUAUCUCCCUGGUAUUAAACUUGGUAAAAAUGUCAUUGCAGAUCCAGACCUCGAAAAUGCAGUUAAAGAUGCAAACUUGUUGGUUUUUGUGACACCCCAUCAAUUCAUGGAGGGUAUAUGCAAGAGGCUUGUUGGUAAAGUGAGGGAAGAUGCUGAGGCUAUUUCACUUAUUAAAGGGAUGGAGGUUAAGAUGGAAGGCCCUUGCAUGAUCUCCACUCUUAUUUCUGAGCAGCUCGGCAUCAACUGUUCCGUUCUGAUGGGGGCGAAUAUCGCGAACGAGAUUGCUGUGGAGAAGUUCAGUGAAGCAACGGUCGGGUACCGAGACAAGCGAGAGAUUGCGGAACAAUGGGUCCGCUUAUUCAGUACUCCAUAUUUCAUUGUCACUCCUGUUCAGGAUGUUGAAGGGGUUGAACUAUGCGGCACAUUGAAGAAUAUUGUGGCCAUAGCAGCCGGUUUUGUGGACGGACUCGACAUGGGAAAUAACACAAAGGCUGCUAUAAUGCGAAUUGGUCUGAGAGAGAUGAUAGCUUUCUCCAAGUUGUUGUUUUCAUCUGUUAGGGACAGUACCUUCUUCGAAAGCUGUGGAGUUGCUGAUGUCAUCACAACAUGUUUAGGAGGAAGAAACAGAAAAGUUGCUGAGGCAUUUGCUAAGAACGGAGGAAGAAGAUCUUUUGAUGAGCUUGAAGCUGAGAUGUUGCAGGGCCAGAAAUUACAGGGUGUAUCCACAGCUAGAGAGGUGUAUGAAGUUUUAAGCCACCGUGGAUGGCUGGAACUGUUUCCACUAUUUGCGACAGUACAUGAGAUCUGUGUCGGUCACCUUGCACCAUCCGCCGUAGUUGAACAUAGCGAGACAAAGUUAUCCCUGUUUUAAAAUUCCACCAGCUAAACAUCGAGUUUUAUCGGUUUCAGUUCACCUAAGUAGCUUUCUUUGGUUGCUCAUCAUCGGUCAGCGAGUAUGAACGAGGGAAGACUGAACUGAAAGCUUAGUGAGGGUAAUUCAAGCAAAAUGUCGUCGUGCCAGUGAUUGUUCUCUUAUAAUAUGGUUAGAUGAACAUGGUUAUAUAGUGCCAUGCAGCCUACGUAAUAAUAAGCAAAGUGUUGAAAUCA